CAAACAAUGUUUUAACGUUGAGCACGAAUGAACUUAAUGUUGUAAAGUAGUUCCGGCGGGGCGGGGUCAUGGCCUCUGACGUCAGUGUCGGGGCGCGCGUUUCAGUUUUGCUGCUCCGGACUGGACCGAGGUCGGUGUGGGGAUGUGGGCGCGAAUGAAUUGCGCGGCUGAGGAGUUUUAUGCUCGUCUUCUCCAGGAACUUAAUGAAGAAAAGAAAGGAGUCUGUAAAGACCCAUUCAUCUAUGAGGCUGAUGUGCAAGUGCAGCUGAUCAGCAAAGCCCAGCCAGAUCUUCUGAAAACUCUUCUAAAUGAGAACAGAUCAGUGUUCCUUGUGGAAAAAGCGCUUUUGGAGAAGGAAGAAACAAGUCAUGUUGAAGAACCACAGGCUGAAGAAACUGCUAUUUCUGAUUUCUCUACUGGUGAAAGUGUUAGGCCACUGGCCUUGCCAGUUGGGAGAGCAAGACAGCUAAUUGGGCUUUACACCAUGGCUCACAAUCCGAAUAUGACCCAUUUGAAGAUUAAGCAGCCAGUUACUGCCCUUCCUCCUCUUUGGGUGAGAUGUGACAGUUCAGAUCCUGAAGGUACCUGUUGGCUAGGAGCUGAGCUCAUGACAGCAAAUGACAUCAUUACAGGAGUUGUCUUAUAUGUGGUCACUUGUAAAGCUGACAAAAAUUACUCUGAAGAUCUGGAAAAUCUAAAAAAUUCACACAAGAAAAGACAUCACUUGUCUGCUGUAACAGCCAGAGGAUUUGCCCAAUACGAACUCUUUAAGUCCGCUGACUUGGAUGAUGUUGUCACCCCGUCACAAACUACAGUCACUUUGGAUCUUUCCUGGAGUCCUGUGGAUGAGAUUCUUCAAACCCCUCCCCUGUCUUCCACUGCAACUCUGAAUAUCAGAGUACAAUCAGGAGAGCCCAGAGGUUGUUUGAAUCAUCUCCACAGAGAACUGAAAUUUCUCCUUGUUUUGGCUGAUGGCUUGAGGACUGGUGUAACUGAAUGGCUUGAACCUCUGGAAACAAAAUCAGCUGUUGAACUUGUACAAGAAUUUCUGAAUGACUUAAAUAAACUGGAUGAAUUUGAUGAUUCUACAAAAAAAGACACACAAAAAGAGGCGGUGAACCAUGAUGCAGCUGCAGUUGACCGGUCUGUGCUUAUCACAGUGCGGGAGGAUCUCGAUUUUGCUGAACAGCUUUGGUGCAAAAUGAGCAGCAGUGUGAUUUCAUAUCAAGACUUGGUGGCGUGUUUCACAUUGAUCCUGCAGAGUCUGCAGCGUGGUGAUAUACAGCCUUGGCUGCACAGUGGGAGUAACAGCUUACUAAGUAAGCUCAUUCAUCAAUCUUACCAUGGAGCCAUGGACAGCGUCCCUCUCUCUGGAACUACCCCACUUCAAAUGCUCUUGGAAAUUGGAUUGGACAAACUAAAGAAAGAUUAUAUCAGCUUUUUUGUCAGUCAGGAACUUGCGUCUUUGAAUCAUUUGGAAUACUUCAUUUCUCCAUCAGUAGCUACACAAGAACAGAUUUAUCGUGUUCAGAAACUCCACCAUAUUCUAGAAAUUCUAGUCAUCUGCAUGCUUUUCAUUAAACCUCAGCAUGAGCUUCUCUUUUCUUUAACACAAUCCUGCAUAAAAUACUACAAACAAAAUCCUCUGGAUGAGCAACACAUUUUUCAUUUGCCAGUCAGACCAGCUGCUGUAAAGAAUCUGUAUCAAAGUGAGAAGCCCCAGAAGUGGAGAGUGGAGAUAUGCAGUAAUCAGAAGAAGGUGAAAACGGUGUGGCAGCUGAGUGACAGCGCUCCUGUAGAUCACUCCAGUUUUCAUAAGCCUGAUUUUUCUGAGCUGACACUGAAUGGUAGCCUGGAAGAAAGGGCUGCUUUCAUUAACAUGGUUACCUGCAGCCAGGUGCACUUCAAGUAACACGUGCUGAGGGUCCCUGUAAGCAGAAAAGAAGCAUGAUUGUGAAGACCCUCCGGAAGAUGAAGGUGGAGAUGAGAUCCCAUCUCAGCUGUGGCUCCUGAGGAGGAGUGUUAGCAGCAGGGCAGCAGUGAGGAUGGAGAGGGCGCAAACCGUGGGUACCACAAUCUCCGAAGCCACGUGCAUGUGCCUGAGCAAGGGCUCUGAAACGGACAGAGAACAUUCCACCAGACAUGAGCUUUGUUUUGAAACAAAAACUAAAGAAGAGGUACCAUUGUGGGUUUUUUGUUUUUAUUUUUGUUUUGGGAACUCUCACUGUAGACCAGGCUGGCCUUGAACUCACAGAUCCGCCUGCUUCUGCCUCCCAAGUUCUAUUUACUAAAUGUGUGCACACUGCUACCAUCCAUUUUGACUAUGGUAUCUAAUUGUUCUUAUUUGUUGUAAAAAGAAACCACAACAGUAAAUAAAACAGAUUUUAAAAUUAUGGUGGGGUUGUAGUACUGAGGCAGAGCGUUCACUUGGCUGCACACAGCCUUGGGGGAAUCCCUGCCAUCACACAGAACUUAUGUGAGAGCUGGAAAUGUUACAGAAAUCUGGGAAUGCCUAAAUUUGGUUCUUUCACUGGAACUUCAGGAAGCCUAAGUGUGGAUAAUAUUUAUGCUGGCAUUAAUUUCAACAUAUUAGCAUCCAUAUUCCAUGAGUUUUCUGGAUUUUUACUGAGGAACUUAUAAAAGAACCCUUCGGGCUGGGUAUGGUGGUGCAAGCCUAUAGAAGGAGUUCCAGGACAGCCAGGGUUACAAAGAGAAACCCUGCCUCAAAAGAAAAAAAAAAAAAAAAAAAAAAAGAAUCCACUGGAAACAUUUCUAGCUUUUUGAGUUUGUUGUUCUUCGUAUAUCUUUUUUUUUUCUUCUUCGUAUAUCUUAUAAACCCUUAAGCGAUGUAGGAAUGUCUAUAUUACAAAUUCUAUGGUAAUUCUUAAACUCGUUUGUUUGUUAAUACAAAAACUCAUUAAAAACCUAAACAAUUAUUUGAUAAUUCUCACAUGGUUUAAUCUUUAAGAACUAAGUGGUACGGGCACCAAUCCGACGGAAGACCUUUAUUUGUCUGCUGAGCACCCUGGUGACUGAAAUAAACGGGCCUGGCUAUGUUCUUAUGAAGCUCACAGUCUCGUCAGCAAAUCCUGUACUGCAGUCGUGUUGCAUUUACUUUGAUUUGGUGAACUAUGGUUUACAUGGCCUGGUUAUUUAGGAAUAGGGAUGCUGGUGCAUGGUUAUAUACUAGCCUGUAAAGAUAGUUUGUUGAGAGGGUUUCUGCACCACCUGCUUUGAUCAUCUUUUGAUUAAAGGAUGAUAUUAAAACAGGAAGUAUAUUUUUUUUAAUUGUCCUUAUGCAGAAAAAUAGAUUUCAGAAACAUUCUGUAUUUUGAAUCCUUUUAGAUCCCAUUGCAUAAGAAAUGAUACCUUUUUAGCCCAGUGGUGGUAGCUCAGUCCUUUAAUCCUAGCACUCAGGAGGCAGAGGCAGGCAAAUCUGGGAUCUGUGAGUUCAAGCAGUCUUAUUACAAGCGAGUUCCAGGAUAGCCAGGGCUACACAGAGAAAUCCUGUCUUGAAAGAAAGAAAGAGAGAGAGAGAGAGAGAGAGAGAGAGAGAGAGAGAGAGAGAGAGAGA